UACUACCCGCUCUCCGCCCUGCUGGCCACCGCCUUCCUGCUCGUCCGCAAGGUCCCGCCGCUCUGCCAGGGGCUGCCCUCGCAGCGGGAGGACGGCAACCCCUGCGACUUUGACUGGCGGGAGGUGGAGAUCCUCAUGUUCCUCAGCGCCAUUGUGAUGAUGAAGAACCGACGCUCCAUCACUGUGGAGCAGCACAUUGGGAACAUCUUCAUGUUCAGCAAAGUGGCAAACGCCAUCCUCUUCUUCCGCCUUGACAUCCGCAUGGGCCUGCUCUACCUCACGCUCUGCAUAGUGUUCCUGAUGACCUGCAAGCCCCCCCUCUACAUGGGCCCCGAGUACAUCAAGUAUUUCAGUGACAAGACCAUCGACGAGGAGCUGGACCGGGACAAGCGGGUGACCUGGAUUGUCGAGUUCUUCGCCAACUGGUCCAGCGAGUGCCAGUCCUUCGCCCCCAUCUUUGCCGACCUCUCUCUCAAGUACAACUGCCCCGGGCUGCACUUCGGGAAGGUGGACGUCGGCCGGUACACGGACGUCAGCACCAGGUACAAGGUCAGCACCUCGCCCCUCACCAAGCAGCUGCCCACCCUCAUCCUCUUCCAGGGCGGGACGGAGACCAUGCGCCGGCCCCAGAUUGACAAGAAGGGCCGGGCUGUGUCCUGGACCUUCUCCGAGGAGAACGUCAUCCGGGAGUUCAACCUGAACGAGCUCUACCAGAAGGCCAAGAAGCAGUCGAAGCCGCGGGAGGAGGGGCCCGAGGAGCCCCCCGCCGCCGCCGGGCACUCCCCCGGGGAGACCAAGAAGGAGAAGUAGAAGCGGCGCGGGCCGUCACCCAUCGCUCCUCACCCCGGGGCACCGUCCCCGCGCGCUGCCACAGCCCUGCCUGGGGCCCGGCC